CGCGUCGGGACAAAUUGAGUGACGUUCCCAACAGCCAAUUAUCGACGAUUGCCUUUCUCGAUAGCCAAUCACAAACCAGGCAUGCGGUGAAAACAUGACUUUCGAUUUGUAAUCAGAUACAUUUCAGACAAUAAAACUGUACGUGGUAUGUUUUCAUCUGAAUUGGCCAAGAUGAAGAAGAAGACGUUAAUGGUGUUCGAUUUCGAUCACACGCUGGUGGACAGGAACAGUGACACGUGGGUGAUCGGAUGCACACCUGCGCAGAGCUUACCUGCCUGGCUUGAGAAUUCCUACCAGAGAGGACGCUGGACCGAGUACAUGGGUCGAGUGUUUACCUACAUCGGCGAGCAGUCUGUCCGUCCGGAUGCCAUACGGGAGCUGAUGCAGGCGAUCCCGUUCACAGACGGAAUGAUCGAGCUGCUGAAGUUCAUCUGUCAAAACAAGAGCGACGUUGAUUGCAUCAUAGUCUCUGAUUCCAACACUCUGUUCAUCGACUGGAUUUUAGAAGCCGGUGGCGUGACAUGCGCCGUCGAUGGCGUCUUCUCGAACCCGGCCAGUAUUGACCAGCGCGGGUACAUCGAAGUCCGGAACUUUCAUUCACACUCCUGCGAGCGUUGUCCGGUUAACAUGUGCAAGCAGAAAGUAUUAACCGAUUUUAGAGACAGGCAGGCGGAUGCAGGGGUCCAUUACCACACCGUGUGUUAUGUAGGGGAUGGAACAAAUGAUUUCUGUCCCAUUAAAGUUUUAAAUGAGAGCGACAUUGCGAUGCCACGUAAAGGGUACAGCCUUGAAAAACUGCUUGCCAAAACCAGGAGUAACAGCAGCCCCCUUAAGGCGCAAGUGAUACCCUGGAGCAACGGGACUGAAAUAUUAAACCAGCUGAAAAUCAUCCAAAAACAGGCUGAAUUAUUUUAAAACAUUUUAGUGAAGGGCUGCUAUAAAAACACAGCAAACAAAGCUCACUUAUUAUUAUUAUUAUUAUUAUUAUUAUUAUUAUUAUUAUUAUGGCAUGAGAGCCAUUAAAGUAGCCUCAUAUAGAAGUCAGAAGAAGAAUAUCUAUAAUGUUUACAUUCACAUUUAUUCAUACGCUGGAUGCUGCAGAGCUGAGCAGUGGAUUAGUCACUGCUCGAACAGUUCUGCCGUUUAAAGGAAAGCUUUACCGUGAAACACUUUAAACAUGUAUGUAGUAAAAAGAAGAAGAAGAAAAUUCAUGAGUUCAGCCGUUUUUGUUUUGUUGACGUCACAGGGAGACAUUGUUAUUGCUAGUGCACUUACUAUUAGAGUUUAAUAGGAGGAAACAAAAUGAAACGUUAAAACGAAAAUACAAAACAGUAGGAGCUUCACUUCUCACUCCCCAUUUUCCACGUCACGUUAAUGAGAAAUCCGGCGUAGAAGUAUCUGAGACAGUGGUGCAAACGCAGGAGUCCCAGAAUGCAGUGCAGCCACACGAUGCAGUGGUGCUGAGUUACAGCAGCUUUUCGGCUCAGUCAGUCUGCGAUCUACGAAACGAUGGCGCGUGAAAGUUGAAGCUUGGGAAGCUGAUCUGUUUGAGCAGAGUGUAGAGACUAAAAUACUGAAGCACUGCUGCAUCGCCCUCUUUAGAUAAAAAUCAAGCGAAGGCUAAAUCCCACUGCUAUCAGCUGGUGGUAAAACGGCAUUAUGGGUAACGCAGGAAACUGUUAACUCCAAACCUGAUUAGCAUGUCUGCUGUAGGUCUGCUUCUCUCAGGGCUUGUAUCCAGAAA